ACUAGUGAUGUAAAAUACAUUCAUCAAAGAUCCAUUUUGCCUAUAAAAUCUACUUCGUCUCAGGCGGAUCGCUUGAAGUUCGACACUUUCUUUGGCUUAACAUCAAAUGAUUAUUAUAGGUCCCAACCUAUCACCCGUACUAUCGUCAGCCUCACAACCUCACAGCUCCGCUAUCAUCAAGAUAAAUAUGUCUAACACUGUCAUUCCCAUUGCGGAUACUUUCCACUACUACCACAAAGGAUCGGAUUCAAGGCCAGCUUGGGCUUACAACAAUGCUCGACAGCAAAUCGCGGGUAAAUGGGCUGGCUUUAUGAAAGCUAUGCCGGAUACAGCAAACGUUAAAAUUCAGGAUGUUGUUUUCGAAAACCUAGGAGGGUCCAUCUCACGUUUAGGGGUUUUCCCUAAGAAUGUGAAAGUUUCAGGUGCAGGUAGUAAGACCAAGAAGUCCUGGGACGGAAAAAGGACUUGGGAGACCUGGUUUGAUGUUGAGUAUGAGCUCCAACUUAUUUUUGUGUCUUCCGCGGACGCAGGGAAGGUUGGGAGUGGCCUGUCAAUUGAUGAGAUCAAUAAGGGUAUAAGUGCUGCAGGUGUAACUUAAAAAAGUUAUUUCCAAAACAUCGGUGUUUGUCUGUUUUGCUAUUAUUCAAGAUUGCACAUUAAUUAAAUUGAUGAUCUUGAC